UUUUUUGCCUGGCCAAUGAAAUGUCUUUAAUUUUACACACAGCAACACGGCAGCCAAUAGGAAACAGUUCUAUGAGGACGCUGGAAACAUGGCGCUGCGCAUAGCUCAUGCUUACGGAAGAGAAACACUGCUGGGGAUCAGUCGGAGACUCUUGGCUGCUGUGCCCUGGUGUCAUUGUUCUCAACGUGCCCACCAUACUCCUGGCACCUCUUUGAAGUACGUACCCCGCCGUGCCGUGCUCUAUGUACCAGGCGACGAUGAGAGAAAACUGCGGAAGCUGACUGCGCUGGACGUGGACUGUGCCGUUUUCGACUGCGAGGACGGGGUCGCCCUCAAUAAGAAGGAUGCCGCCCGGACGACCAUACCGAAAAUGCUGGCAGAGCUGGAUCUGGGCCGGACAGAGAAGUGCGUACGGGUCAACUCUGUGUCCAGUGGCCUGUCCGAAGCCUGACCUGGAGGUUAUUUUACAGGCGAGGUGCUGCCCACGGCCCUCAUGCUGCCGAAGGUGGAGGACACAGAAGAGUUGCAGUGGUUUGUUGACAGGUUUCAGCAGUACUUAAAAGGCAGAGAGCUUGAGGAACCCAUCCGCUUGGUCACCUUUGUGGAAACAGCUGUAGGUCUGCUAAAUUUUAAGGCAGUGUGUGAAGCACUUCGAGAUUUUGGGCCAAAGGCGGGUUUUCAUCACGAUGGCGUUGUCUUCGGUUCAGAUGACUUCUGUGCCAGCAUAGGAGCCACACGUACCAAAGAUGCUAAAGAGCUCCUGUACGCGCGGCAAAAAGUGGUGGUCACCACCAAAGCGUUUGGGCUUCAGGCGAUUGACCUUGUUUACAUCGACUAUCAGGAUGUGGAGGGGCUGAGGCAUCAGGCCAGAGAGGGCGCGCUCAUGGGAUUCACUGGAAAGCAAGUGAUCCACCCCAACCAAAUCCAAGUUGUUCAAGAAGAAUUCGCCCCCAGUCCAGCGAGAGUUAAGUGGGCCACGGAGCUGAUCGCUGCGUUCGAGGAGCAUCAGAAGUUGGGAAAGGGAGCUUUCACCUUUCAUGGCAGUAUGAUUGACAUGCCAUCUCUGAAGCAAGCUCAGAACAUCGUCACGUUGUCUUCAGCUGUUCGGGGAAAGUGAUGCAAACCCGACUUCCACAGACAUCAAAAUCUGCACCACGCUGGUCGCGCCUUGCACUUCACAUCAACACCCUGAAAUCUAUCUGUGCAUUGUUUAACCAGCAGCAGAGAACUCUUAGUUUCAGAGAUGCAUUUUUCAGAAGAUCCGUUUAAUUUUUGUGUUUGAAGUUAAUUGUUUUGACGAAAUGUAUUAUAAUGUUGCAUUUGUGUGUUAAUUUGUUGUUUGUGUACGCAGUGUCCACCCCCUGCGCCUCUUGCGUCAAAGCGGAUGAUUGUCCGUGGCAAAGGUUGUGUGUGCCAGUGAAAGGGCAACCAAACAGAGCUGCCCUGCAGUUGAGCUUCCAUUCAGCCUGAAGGCUGCUCCAGGCCCCUGCACAUCAAAGUCCUAUUUGCCAAGAAGCCUCCAUGAAUUUACCAAAACCAACAGAGAGAGAAUAAGUCUGCGAGCCUGCUCUAAAUUGUAGGCCUUUGUUUCAGGGGACUUUGCGAGCCGGUCUGUUUUCUAAGAGAAGGUCUGAAUGCGUCUGCGGUCUGGCUCUGAGCUGACCUGCUCAGUGGCACGCCACACGCUCGCUCCCUCGCUCACAAACAUGUAUACAAAGGGCUCUGCAGUUUGUCCUUUUCGCUCUAUGUAAAUAUCAGCAGUUUUUCGUGCUUUCCUUGGCUUUGUUACCCGGUCAGCGGGUCCCACCUCUCCAUCCAGCUCCUGAAUCGCCUCGAACGUGCCCGGGUGCUGUAAAGACGUGCCGCCGUUGCCCAUUUCAUCACUGUUCCACGCACACACUUUGUCAAGAAUGCCUCUUUUCAAAUAAAGCUCCAGGAUGUCAUUUCCAAUGAAUGACCAUCCUUUCUACCCUCAA